AUGGUAUUACCAGAUGGACCUCCAAUUUCAUCUGUUCCACAUUACCCACUUGACAACCCAUUUGAGGAGGAAAAUGUCCUUGCUCUGCUAGAGUGUGAAGAUUAUCCAUGUGUAAACAUCACAGAGGGUGAGCUGCACCAAGAGAUGGUUAAUCAAAAUUUAUUUGGCCUGUUUGAGGAAUUUCCUUCAACACCCAAUGUCCACACCAAUCAUCAAUUCUCUGUGCCGACAGCGGACGGGCAUGAGAAUGCCUUGUCGUGUGAAGAAAUCAUUAAGGCGGCGGGCGACCAGUACAUGCAUGCGUGGGCUGAGGGGGGUUUCAAUCUGAACUACUCAUUAGCCGUUCCAGGCCUGCCUGGGGAAGAGCAGAACGGGAUUGAAUUGUCUCAUCUUGUUUUGGCCUCAGCAGAGAUGGUCAGCAACCAGCGAUAUGAAGAAGCCUCCAGGCUGCUAGAUCAAUGCAAGAUAUUCUCUUCCCAGCUGGGGAACCCCAUUGAAAGGCUCUGUUAUUAUUUUUCCGGAGCUAUCCAAGAGAGAAUGGGACGCCAGACCUGCAGUGAGACAUAUAAGGGGAAAGAAAUAACCCCUGAUUUCGCCAACAAUUACAGAAGUGAUUACGGAAAAAGUGAGUUUUCUUCUCUAGUUGCUCUGUGUACUUCGGUUCUUCCCUAUGGCAAAAUGCUACAAUUCACAGCUGUCCAAGCUAUUCUUGAUGCCUUAAGGCAUGAGAGAAGCAUUCAUGUGAUUGAUCUGGGAAUUCGAACUGGGUGCCAAUGGACAUCAUUGAUCCAGUCUCUCUCUCUAAAACAUUCUUCUUCUUCCGUUAAGCAUCUCAAGAUCACAGCAGUUGGGGUGAAUUCCGAUGACCUAGAAGACAGUGGAACAAGGCUUACAGAGUUCGCUAAAGCUAUGGCCAUUAGCUUUUCCUUCUGUUCAAUCAAGGUCUCAAAGCUUGAGGAGAUUAAAGAAGAUUUAUUUAAUGUUCAAGCAGGUGAGUUUGUGGCAGUGAAUGCUCCUACUGUUUUCAGAACUUUGUUAUAUGACCCUACUCUUCUAGGAAACACUGUUAAUGUUAUCAGAAAAUUAAAUCCCCACAUUUUGGUGAGUUCUGAAGUAGAAGGGCAGCAUAAUUCCCCCAUUUUCGCUGAUCGGUUCGUCGAGGUGCUUUUCUAUUACAGCGCUUACUUUGACUGUUUGGAAGCUGUGCUGCCCGAUAGAAAUGAUUUGAAAAGGGUCAAGUUUGAAGAAGUCUGUUGUGGGAGUCAAAUAAGAAAUAUGAUAGCCUGCGAGGGGGAGGACAGGAGGGUGAGACACGUCAAAAUGGAUAUUUGGAGGUCUUUCUUUAAACGGGCAGGAUUUAGAGAAAAGAAAUUCAGCUAUCGUGCUUGGUAUCAAGCAAGAUUAUUGCUCAAGCAAUAUGUUAACGCAGAAAGUUUUACUAUUGAGCCGAAUGGAUCGGCUAUGUGUGUAGGGUGGAAAGGAAGGUCGUUGCACACACUGUCUGUAUGGGCUUGUAAAAAAAUGCACAACCGCUAG